GCCCUCUGCCGUCUCAUUGGCCCAUUUGAACUCCCAACUAUCCCAGGAAGAGGGGGUGAGCCAGAGUUAAAGGGUCCCAGCAGCGUGAGGAUUUUGUUUGUGUAUUUUUCUGCAUUUAAAUCCCCAUAAAUCAGCGAAAAAUCCCCCAUUUCGUGGCUGGAAUAAUUCAGAAGAGGAGCAGCCAACAGGGAUCGAUUCGAUGAGUCAAUAGAGAAAUUUCGUGGACUUUUCGAGGCUGAAGUGGUAAAUAUCCGCGGAGGCAGGCGUAACGGCCGUUGAGACUCAUUUCGGAGUCGAAUCGUCAUCCCGUGGACUCGUCUCCCUUUUCUCCUCGAGAUGGGCAAUUUCUCGAGUAAAAUAUUCCCUGAAUUGGAGAACGACGGAAAGUCGAGUGUCCAGUUGCAGGUGAAGAUGAGUGCUCUUGAGAAAAAUCAGAUGUGCACGCCUGUGAUGUCGAUGAAAAUGUCAAAUGACCCUAGGUCGGCAACUGCGGGCAUCACAAGGACUCCCAUCGAGAUUGCUUCGACACCCCCAAGGGCCAAUAAAAAAGUCGCCAGUGCCAUUCCUAAGUAUCUUCGUGUCAAACAGUACUUGGAGACUAAUUUAGACCUCAUCUUGCCUGCAGUCACUCCUGAGAAGAGAGUCCCUGACCCACGCUCCCCAAAUGUCAAUCACGAACGCACUCCAAUCAUGGUGAAAACGACAUCAGGAUACAUAAGCCCAAUAGUAACUGUGCAAGAAGGUCCAGAUAUGUUGACCCCCGACGCCUUCGACCCCCGUUCCCCAGCCACUGCCUUCGACAGAACCCCAAUCGCUCGUUCGAGGCCGUCCAACCCCCCUUCAGAGGGCUCAACCCCCAAAGACACAGCGAGCAGAAUGUCAUACUGUGAAACUACAGGUGAAUUCAACAUCCCAGAGAUCCAGACGAUCCCCACGUUCCCCACAAUCACCAUCGCAGCGUCGAAGAACCUCGAGGAGUGUAUGAGAGCCUGUGACCUGGAGAAUGCAGAGAGCAAUCUGGAUGAAUGUCCAGAGGACGAGGUCCUCCACUCGGAGGAGAGCGAAGCUGAGGACCAGAUCACAGUCAUUCCAAACGUCAGAGGGAUCCCAGAGCUCGAAGAAGAAGAGAUGAAGGAGAAAUCCCCUGGGGAAGAGCCCCAAGUCACCUUGGACCCCUCGAAAGUGCCUUCGAAGCCCCAAACCACAGGGGACAAAGGGCUGAUUCGAGUCUGGAGGGACUCAGUGUCUCCACUGCCCCCAGCAGACCCCCAGGGAGCCCUCAGGGAGGACUCCACUCCUCCUGAAGAGGUAAUGAUAGAGUUUGAUGAUGAAACUGUUGUGAAAUCAUCGCAGCCUAACGCCAGCAAGCCAAUUGUCAGACUAGACGACAAGUCGAAGCUUCAGAUCGUCAAUAAACAGAUCAAAAAGAUCCAGACGAGCAAGAAGGAGGUGAAGGGAGUCUUCGAGGACGUCAACAUCGACGCUGGCAAGAGCAGGACCCCCCUGGCCUGCAGGUCCAACCACAAAUCAGGAAAUCCCAGUAAAUCCCCGCAGCAGGUGCUGAGGGCGAAAGGACUCUCCACCAAACCUCGACAGCAGGAGAACACUCCGCCCAACACCAAGAGGUUCAGGACCAAGGUCAAGGGCAACGGGACUCAGUGGGACCCUGACAUGACGGUUAUCAUUUAAAUUUGGGGGUGAGGUAGGGGGAGAGUCAGGAAUUUUUUGAGUGCUGGGGAUUUGAGUUCAUAUUGAGUGUUUUUUAGGGUUUCUUUUAGGAAUUUAAAGCUCCUGAGGAGCACGACUUCGAUAGUUAUUCUUUAAAUUAAAAAAAAUAUUAUGUCUGGGCAAAAUGUCAUCUUUUGGAUGAUAGUCGAAGAGAUACCUCAAAUUUAUCAAAAAGUUAUCGAACAGACCGACUUAGCCAAAGAUGACAUUUUGCACAGACAUAAGACAGUUUUUUUUGGAGAUCUUAAAGGUAACUUUUGAAAUUGUGCUCCUUGGGGUGGGGAAUUUAGAAUUAAUUAGUGGCAUUGGCGCAAUUUCUCGUGGGGAAUCAGUGAGUGCCACUGUGUGACUGAAUUUAAACGGUUAAAUUGUAAUAAAUAGUGUAUUUUUAAUACGAACAGCAUUAUUCAUGUUUUUAAUGCAAUCCUCGUAUUUUUAGUAGUGUUGUUUGCAUCUCACAUCUUCGAAUAAAUAAUUAUAAAAAUAA